AUGUCUCAAAACUCUCAGCAGCAGUCAAUCAUUCUCACCAGGCUCCCCUUAUUCCAGGCUUGUAAGUUGCCGAAGCGACUACAGUCAGGCCGCGACAGCCCCUCUUCUAGUUCUAAUCAAACCGAGGAUGACGAGCUUAAUGCGCUACCUGAUAUUUCCGCAUGCCCACCAAAACCCGUCCCAUCAGGCGUCGCUAGUAGUAUAGAGGCUCCCGGUCUAGUAAUAAGAUCACCUAGUGGGCGCGCAAUGAACGAAGUCGCCACAAUAAGCGGUUUGGCUACUGAUCACAUGGUUCCUUCCCAUGGACGUCCAGCCCCACCUCUCCGCUUAGACACAAGUUUUGAGGAGGAACAUGAAGAAAAUAAAGAUGACGUAGCAGAACUAUAUCACAAAGAUGGUAAAUCUGCUGGCAUGCUUUUUGAUGAGAUGUUAGCUACUCGGGAGGACGGAGUUCCGCAACCAACAUGGCUUGAGAACAAACUCUCUGAAGUGCAGGCAAAAGAGGAUGAGGAAUUCAUGCCUGUCAAAAGAAAGCUACGAGAUGAGCUUAAACAGAUUCGUAAAAUGGUAAGUUAA